UAUUGUCGGUGUCAUUACGGUGAUACGUAUUUGAUUAGAUUUGAUUUGAUUUUCUUAUUUUCCAUUAAAUCGCACGCUUUUCAGUAUUGUAAAAAAUGGGAGAAGUCACCGGCCUUACGGACUCCGAAGUGAGCGCUUUAUGUCAGUCUGCGGAUGCUUCGACUAAGGAUUUCUUAUUUCAACAAACAAUGUACCGCAUCAAGGAUCCCAAGAAGUCCUUACCAUUUUACACUGGUGUUUUAGGAAUGACAUUGCUGCAAAAGUACGAUUUUCCCGAUGCUAAGUUUUCACUGUACUUCAUGGGCUAUGAAAAUCCAGCUGACAUUCCGACCCAAAAUGCGGAAAGAUCACGAUGGGCAAUGUCCCGUAAGGCCACUUUGGAAUUAACGCAUAACUGGGGCACCGAAUUAGAUCCCGACCAAAAGUAUCACGAUGGCAAUAAAGAACCCCGCGGUUUCGGUCAUAUUGGUAUCAUGGUUCCUGAUGUUUAUGUUGCUUGUGAACGAUUUGAGAAACUUGGCGUUGAAUUCGUAAAACGUCCCGAUGAUGGCAGAAUGAAGGGUCUAGCCUUUGUUAAAGAUCCUGAUGGCUAUUGGAUAGAGAUUUUCAACCCAAACCCAAUGUUUCCCGACGCAAGACUAUAAUUGAACAGAUGUUUCACAGCCCGAUUGGUUUUGGUAAAUAUUUUACGGAUUUGACCUUUGUAAACUGAAAAAAUCCAUUGAUUCUAAAAGAUGAUAUGAUUGCCUUGUUAUCACUUGUUUAAUUUGAAAUUAAAUCUAAAAUAAUUGCA